AUGCCGCUCUCAGGAACCCCAGCCCCCAAUAAAAAGAGGAAAUCCAGUAAGCUGAUCAUGGAACUCACUGGAGGUGGACAGGAGAGCUCGGGCCUGAACCUGGGCAAGAAGAUCAGUGUCCCCAGGGAUGUGAUGUUGGAGGAGCUGUCGCUGCUCACUAACCGCGGCUCUAAGAUGUUCAAGCUGCGGCAGAUGCGGGUGGAGAAAUUUAUCUAUGAAAACAACCCUGACGUCUUCUCUGACAGCUCAAUGGAUCACUUCCAGAAGUUCCUUCCUACAGUGGGGGGACAGCUGGGCACAGCUGGUCAGGGUUACUCCUAUGGCAAGGGCGGCAGUGGAGGCGAGGCCAUGGGAAGUGGCUCUGCUGGACAGUAUGGCUCUGACCAACAGCACCACCAGGGCCCCGGAUCUGGAUCUGGGGGUACAGGUGGUGCAGGGGCCCAGGCUGGCAGAGGAGGAGCUGCUGGAACAGCAGGGGUUGGUGAUACAGGAACAGGAGACCAGGCAGGUGGAGAAGGAAAACAUAUCACUGUAUUCAAGACUUAUAUUUCCCCAUGGGACAGAGCCAUGGGAGUUGACCCCCAGCAGAAAGUGGAACUUGGCGUUGACCUGUUGGCCUAUGGGGCCAAAGCUGAACUCCCCCAAUAUAAGUCCUUCAACAGGACAGCGAUGCCUUAUGGUGGCUAUGAGAAGGCAUCCAAACGCAUGACCUUCCAGAUGCCCAAGUUUGACCUGGGGCCCCUGCUGAGUGAACCCCUGGUCCUCUACAACCAGAGCCUCUCCAACAGGCCUUCUUUCAACCGAACCCCCAUUCCCUGGCUGAGCUCCGGGGAGCCCGCAGACUACAACGUGGAUAUUGGCAUCCCCUUGGAUGGAGAAACAGAGGAGCUGUGA